AAAGGGAGAAGGCUUCUACGGGGUGAGUCGUGGUCGCUUCUAGGCAACACGCAUUUACAUACAUCGACAAGUCAGACACGGCUUCUGUUGUUCCUCUAGUUUUGCUGAUGUGUCGACAAAUGCACAUUGGAAGAACAAGGGAUGAUCUCGCACAUUCGCCGCCGUACCUUCACCCACAGAGAGAUCCCAAUUGGCGGUUGUGUAUCUUUCUGCGUGUAUGGAUGGCCUACCAUCUUUGCUGGUCCUUUUGAUAUAGUCGAGCUUUGUCUUGUCAGUGAGACAUUGUCGUGUCAUUGCGCGGAGCACACUUCUCGCUGUCUCGCUAUUUGGCGCAUUCCACAGUAUCUUUUUGCUAUAGUAGUCCAUCAGGCGCAGCUUCUCUGUGACGGUUCGGUGGUCCUCGUAGAGCUCAUCCAGUACGGGCUGCAGCGCUUUGCGAGGGUCCUGCUCAAAGACAGAGCCCUCGAUCGCAUAAGUGAAAUUCCUGUAAGGCGGAACAGCACCGACCCCCACAAUACGGGCCGUGUGAUGACAUCACAUUCUGUCCCUCUCUGCAUACCUCCAUGGGAUUUCGCACUGGAAGGGGAUGCCGUACUUGAAAACGCCGUCAAGCUCAUUUAUCAGGACGUUCAGCGUCCGGGCCCAAAAAGCAUCGGCAACCCUCGAGCUCGUCACAUCUCUCCCGGGAAAGCAUAGAUUCAACUUUGAGUUAGCCAGGCGAUGCAGAAAGAUUGAAGCUGAGAAGAGUUGGUGUGAGCGUUUGUAGCUCACGCCCUGGCAUUGCUCAAAAUUGCCCAUUUUGAAUCCAUUUGGAUCGAUGAUCCUCCCUCUACGGGGACAAAACGGGAAUUGAGUUUUGAAGUUGCGCCGAAAAAGGCCAACAAAGACACUCUUUCCGGUGACACAAUCCGGGCAAGACUCUGGCCUAUAACGCCAAUUCGCCAAGCUUUCGAAGGCCAACAGUCGAUACGGACGACCGUGAUACACCUUUCCUUCGACACUCAACCACAGCACACAUAUCGGCAGAGUUGAGUUGCCUGAGUCUAACCUUGAAAGAACAUUGCGUAGUCGCGUUCGAACCAGUCGUGUCUCGAGGGAGGGUUGAAAGCCGAGCCUAGUCGGUCAUCCUCAAACACGUCGGUAGGUUUGAUGAGCCCGCGUUCCAGGAGACUUUCCUUCUCAAAAGGCUGGUAUGCUUUUUGUAGCGCCGUCAGCGAGGACCUGAAUGCAGACAUACACAACCAGUCAUCGAUGCAUUGAGUUGCGUAGGAUUUUCAUACGUGUGGGGUAUCGUGACAGCACAUCCGAAGAGGCCCCUGUCUGUUGGACAGGAUGGUCGACUAUAUGUGUGUUGCAGAUGGCUGGUCUUUCUCCUUCACUUCCUUACGGUUGUCCGCAAGGUGCCGCCCCUGUGUGAUUCUCCUGGCAAAUGUCGCAAACUCCCUCCCAAGUACCAUCUCCAUGUGACCAGGAUACCUGAAACGCCAGUCACUCGCCUGCAUGGCAAUUCAUAUAUACGUCAUGAGGACAGCUGUGUGAUACGAACAUCAUCUGUCACGAGCCGGGUCCAAGUACCACUCACCACUAGAAUGUGGUCGAGUCCGCCAUUCCUCUCCCAUUGCGGCGUCUCCGUCACCUGGAUAACUGAGCAGCUCGUGCCAUGUACGCUAACAUGUCUCACCUCUUUUGCAGCCUGUUCAGCCAGUGCGUGUAUGGUCUUGCUGUUUUUCUCUCUACACAACUUUCGGUACAAAAGCACUGUAUGCAACAUAAUGAUUCGCUUAGCCUGGUUUCCUUGCCUUGUUCGUCCGCAGACCUGGAUAGAUUGGGAGGACAUAGACGACGGCUUUGUCAGGGUCAGACGUCCUCCAAGAAUCGUUCCACAACUGGUCUAACCAAUAUAGCUCGUCAAUAUUUUUCGUGUCAUCUAGAGGGAGACGGCCAGGCCAUCCGCCCGACAAUAUCUGUCGUGCGCUCUCUUGACACAUCUGAUACAGCGCUUUCAUUGCCGGCGUUUGAUAUAUGUAGAAUGGCACCUCCAUGUGGCGUUCCAAGGCCUCCAAGUCAGCAGAAUUGCUGUUGGCUUCUUGGAUAUCAUUGUGUUUGUGUUUCCUGUGGUUCAAGACGACACCGCGGGAGGACGGGCGGCCGGGGCGCAGCCUGGGAGGAGGAUAACUAUUGCAGCUGACACACAGACACAGACAGACACAUUGCAACAGGAACAGGUCCACAAAGGUAGGAAAUGUCUUCAUCCAAGAUGAUUCUGAGUGUAAAACCUGGGCCGGAAGCGACUUUACUUCAACCUUAUAUCGCAGUGAUCUUGUUUCCCCAGCGGUCUGUG